GGGGGCGGGAGACGGGGCUGAGGACAUCGAGGUCGCAGUUGGGGAUCGAGGCUUUCGCGUCGUCGCCCGUUCAUGACGGCGUGUGGGGUUGAGUCUUGGCUCUGGACGUGCGAGAGGUACUUAGUGACGAUGUACUUGGUUUCUUUGGUGGUGGUGUUGGUAAUCAAGGUGUGGGUGGGUAUGGCUCGUAAUCCACUCCCCAUAUGGUCCUCCCUCUGCAUCCACAUCUUGCUGUUUUGGAUGUCACUCAACGUAACAUCCCGGUCAUAGGGCAGAAUUGGGCCGCGAUCAAGGCACAGCAAGGGCAAGGGACGCAGGGGAACGGGGAACUAGAUCGGAGAGGGAG